AUGGCAAGUCGGGCCCUCAUCUCGAGACUUCCGUCCACCCGACCUACCAUAUAUUCGACAUGUCUUAGCGGACAACGGUCCCUCCAAGUUCGAUUCAUUGCGACAACAUACCUCAACAAGGUCGCAGAAGGUGAAGCAAGAUGGAAAGAGAGGGCUGAAAAGAUUGAGAAGGGAGAGAUUCCACAUACAUGGGAUAUUCUUCAAGAACGAGGAUAUAUCAAGGAUGUGGCAGGCACACCUGAGAAAAUAAAGGAAAUAAUGCGUGUGAGGCGGAUAGGUUCCUACGUCGGUAUUGACCCUACCGCUGACUCAAUGCACGUCGGUCACUUGCUACCAAUGAUGCCCAUGUUCUGGAUGUGGUUCCAUGGCCAUCCCGCUGUCACCUUGAUCGGUGGCUCGACUGCCCGCAUCGGCGAUCCUACUGACCGACUUGAAAGCCGACAGAUUCUUUCCAAUGCCGACAUCUCGAAGAAUAUCACCAAGAUACAUGUCCAAUUGACUAGGAUAUGGAGUAACGUACACAAACUGAAGGAAAAGUAUGGCUAUCCUAAUGAUUGGGCUGCCACUCAUCGAUUAUUGAACAACAAUAUGUGGCUGGGAAAUCUCACUCUCUAUGACUUUGCAAAGAGGAUAGCCAGACAUACGAGGAUUGGACCGAUGCUGGCUAGAGAUACUGUGAAGCGCAAGAUGACUGAAGGCGAUGGAAUGUCACUGGGUGAAUUUAUGUAUCCUCUCCUUCAAGGAUGGGACUUUUGGCACAUGUACAACAAACUCGGCAUUCAGAUGCAGAUUGGAGGCUCCGACCAGUAUGGAAAUAUCACCGCUGGUAUUGAUGCCCUCAAGACCAUUCGCGAAACCGAGGAGGCUCCCCACCUGAAGAUGCCGUCGACAUGGGACCAUGAGCCAGUCGGUUUCACUGUUCCUUUAUUGACUGAUGCUUCUGGUGCCAAGUUUGGCAAGAGUGCAGGAAAUGCUGUCUGGCUCGAUGAGUUCAAGACAACGCCAUUCGAUCUGUACGGAUACUUUGUCCGACGCUCAGACGACGAGGUGGAGAGGCUUCUCAAGCUGUUUACCUUCAUGCCUUUGGAGACAAUCUCCAAGAUCAUGGAGGAGCACCGAGCCAAUCCCCAGGAGCGAAAGGCGCAGCACGCCCUGGCUUUCGAUUUUGUUUCACUUAUCCACGGUCCAGAAAAGGCUGUCAAGGAGGCACAGCAGCACCAAUAUCGCUUCGGCAAACUAAGUGGUAUUGGUAAAGAACCUACGCCUGAAUCAGGUAUCAUCACUCCCAACAACGCACCGAGAAGCGAUAUCAAGCUGCCCCGCUCUAUUAUGAAUCUUUCACCAGCCAAAAUUCUUCAUGCAUGUGGUCUGGCUUCAAGUAGCAGCGAGGGUCAGCGCCUCCUUUCGCAGCAAGGUGCUUACAUCGCUGCCCAGCCUGGCCAGAAGAAAGGACUCGUCCCCGGAAACCUGUCCUGGACGCCUAUGAAGGCUUGGUUCCCCGAAGAGACAUCCAAGUUCCUCAUCGAUGACCGCAUGCUCAUCAUGCGAAAGGGCAAGCACAACGUGCGCAUUGUCGAACUGAUCGAUGAUGCGGAAUUCAAAAAGAGCGGCGAGUUUUACGCUGGCCAACCCGGCACGGGUCUUCUACGCAGGAUGAAGGAAGAGCUUAAGAAAGAAAUGGAGGCGGCCGGCGCGAACUUGUCGGAUAUGGAGAUUACCAGAAUGGCGGAGAGGAAAAAGGCCAGGCUUCGGAUUGUCAACAACCCCGACAUUGAACUGCCCGAUAAGCGUGAAAUACGCGAUCGAUACAGGGCCAGAGGAUCAGAUAGAUGA